AUGACGCACUCGCUGGCCUCGCCGGCCCUGCCGGCCUCCGGGCCCCUUCUUUGGACGUCGCAGUCCUCCUCCUCCUUCGUUGAGGCGCACCGCGCCGUCAUGCGCGAACGCGGUCGCCAGCGCUUCAGCCUCCUGCACCUGGACCCGGGCGAGCUGUACCUGGAGGACUUCAGCGUGCAUCUCCUGAUGCCCAUCGAGUCGGCCGUCAACAUGGGAACCCGCAAGGUCCGCGGCCGGCUCAAGCUUUGCACCUCGUCGCUGGUCUUCGAGCCUGUGUCCGACGGGCUGGUCUCCAGCCCGGGCGACCUGCUGCCGCUGAUCCGCCUGCGCUUUCGGGACAUUACCAGCGUGUCGUCCGGCUCGGCCGAUCGCCGGGCCAAGGUCCAGGCGGCCAGCCGCCAGAGCUCCGGCAUGCUGGACAGCCUGCUGUCGCUGGCCAGCUUCCCCACGUCGUCCGCCGGGUCCGGGAGCUCCUCCGCAUCGUCCGAUGGCCUGGUGGUCAUCGAAACCACUCGCAGCAUCGAGAUGAUGGCUGGCGGCGUGGCCGCGCCGUAUCUGGUGAAGAAGGAUCCGCCGGCCUUCCGCUUCGAGCUGAACCACGUCGGCCUCGGGACCUUUCUCAUGACCCUGCAGAAGUACCGGUCUCUGGACCAGCUGCAUGCACAGGAUCGCGAAGUGGAGCUCCGCCGCAUCGUGCACCAGCUCAAGGAGGAGUCCAAGUUCGACCCGGCCUGGCUGGUCAGCCUGGACGAAGCCUGCCUUCGGACCUAUUCAUGCUCGCGCAUCACCCCGCUCGUGGCCAUGCCCGGCAAGCUGACCAUCACCAAGGAGCGCGUGUACUUCCACCCGAUCAGCUCCAUCGACCCGGACCCGGUGAGCUCCUACCCGGUGGCCGACAUUCGCCAGCUGGUCCCCCGGCGCUACCUCAUGCGUCAGGUGGGCCUCGAGCUCCACAUGAAGGACCGUCGGACCUUGUUUGUGUCGUUCGCCUCGCGCGCCGAUCGCGACCACGCCCACCGCCUGAUCCAGCAGCAGCCCGGAAUGGGCCGGUCACUGGCGACCGACUCCUCGCGCGACGCGCUACACCUCUGGCAAACCGGCCGGAUUUCCAACUACGACUACCUCUGGUACCUGAACUCCAAGGCCGACCGGACGGUCAACGACCUGACCCAGUACCCGGUUUUCCCUUGGAUCCUGUCGGACUACACCAGCCCGACGCUGGACCUAUCCAAUCCGGCGGUCUACCGCGACCUGUCCAAGCCGAUUGGCGCUCUGAACCCCGAACGCCUGGCCGCCCUGCGGGAUCGGUACAAUGAGAUGCCGCCGCCGCGCUUCCUCUAUGGCACACACUACUCCACCCCGGGCUAUGUGCUGUACUACCUGGUGCGCGUGGCUCCGGAGCAUGCGCUCUGCCUGCACGGAGGCAAGUACGACGCGGCCGAUGGCCGGGUCUUCUCGCGGCUUGCGUCCACCUGGAAUAACCUCCUCCACGGGAACAGCGACGUGAAGGAGCUGAUCCCGGAGUUCUUCCAGCUCCCCGAAGACAUCCAAGACGACGGGUACGAGUGCUUCCUGGAGAACAAGCGCGGGCUCAUCCAGCCCUCGGCCGACCCUGGCUCGGCGGCGGCCCGCCUGCCUGACGUCGAGCUCCCCCCCUGGGCGAAGAACGAUCCGACGAAGUUCAUCCGCAUGCACCGCGAGGCCCUGGAGUCGGACUUCGUGUCGGCCAAUCUGCACAAGUGGAUCGACUUGAUCUUUGGGUACAAGCAAAAUGGCGUGGAGGCGGACAAGGCCGACAACGUCUUCUACCACCUGACGUACGAGGGGAGCGUCGAUCUGGACUCCAUCACGGAUCCCGGCGAGCGGGCGGUCCUCGAGCUGCAGAUCACCGAGUUCGGCCAGACCCCGCGCCAGCUCUUCCAGGUGCCGCAUCCGGCGCGCCUGUCACGGGCCGAGCGCGAUGCGAUCGCCGCGUCGCCGGUGGUCGAGCCGCUGCCCUCCGGCGGCGUGUCCAGCCCGGCUGGGCUUGGCCCGGGGUUCGGGCGUCCGGCACCUCUGGUCACAGGCCUCUCGCCGGGGCUCGGGGCGCUGGGCGCCGGUGACCUCGCCAACAGUGGCGACUACUACAGCCCCGGCGGGUAUGCCAGCGUGUGCUCUUCCGAUCUCUACUACAGCCCCGGCGGGUAUGCCAGCGGCGGUCCGCACCACCAGCCCACACCCGGGUCGGUGGCCAGCCCGACGCCGAUCGUCAGCAGCCGCAUCUCCAACAUCAUUGGCUCGCAUUUGACCGGGGUCUCGUCACCAGUGCGGCCGCACUUCCUGGGUGGGGAGGACGGCGUGCCGGGCUUCAAUGCCGGCGGAACCCCGAGCAGCCCGACGCAUCACCCCUAUUCCUACCAGCUGGCCGAGGAGGCUGCCUCGCCGAGCCUGGCCACCCCCCGGGGCUUUGGUUAUGACGAUGUGCCGGUCAUGACUCUGCGGCCGGUGGCCGGCCCAGGGAGCCCGGUGGUUCCCUACGACCUGGGCGGCUCAUCGACCCCGGUGCGUGCCACGGGCGCGAGCGCCGCGUCGCCCGAGCUGGCCGUCACCCUGGCCGACUUGCGCCUGUACGACUCGCCGGCCAUGGGCCCCGGCGCCGGGGGCGGCAUUGCCCCGAGCCCGGGCGGGCUGCUGCUGGAUGAGAGAUCGGAAGAGCGUCGUCUGGCCGUCACCCUGGCCGACUUGCGCCUGUACGACUCGCCGGCCAUGGGCCCCGGCGCCGGGGGCGGCAUUGCCCCGAGCCCGGGCGGGCUGCUGCUGGAUGAGGCCGCCGGGCGCAGCCGGGCCGGCAGCUUGGCCGGCGGUCUGGGCCCCGGCGGCCUGGCAGAAGGCAACGCGACCGGGUCGAGCAUCGCCCCGGGUGCGCCUGGCAUUGAGGCCGGCGCCUCCUGGACCACCAUCGAGUCGCUGGAGCUGCUCUUCUCGGAUCGCCUACACCGGGAUUGCGUCACGGGCAUUGCCCUGGCCGGCGCCGGGGACAACUUCUUCACCGUUUCGCGUGAUGGGUCGCUCAAGACCUUCUCGAUCGUGGAGCGCCGCCAGACCAAGGCCAUGAGCCUCGGCGGCAAUACUCUCUCCUCGUGCGGAGUCAAAUCGGCCGAGGGCUGCCUCGACCCGGUGGUCGUCAUUGGCAGCUGGGACAGCAAUGUGUACCUCUACUCCACCACAUCCGGUCGGAUAGUCGAGACCAUCAGCGCCCAUGAGAAUGUUGUGUCCGCCGUGCAAGUCAGCGGCCCGCUGCUGGCCACGGCCUCCUGGGACUCGACCAUUCGCCUGUGGUCCUCGCCGGUGGGGACCAUCGGCGGGCGCACGGUCCUGGUGCAUGAGCUCCAUGACAACCAUACGGAGGUGCAUGCCAUCUCGCUGAGUGCGUGCGGUCGGCUGCUUGUCAGCGGCGCGGCCGACGGGCUGGUGUGCGUGUGGGGCCUGCCGGGGCUGGAGGCGAUGGCCUCGGGGGCCGCGGCGCCGUCCCUGCUGGCGAGCGACUUCCUCCCCGGCGCGGCCACGGCCCUGGCCCUGGUUGGCGGGGCGACCGCCUCGCGUUUGGCCCUGGCGUCGGGCUACUCGCCGGUCCCCGGUGAGUCGUGCUCCUCGGUUCCGCCGGCCGUGCGCAUCGUCGACGUGGACACCCUCGGCGGGCGGACCUCCCUGCCGCUACCGACCGAGGGGGACACGAUUCGUGUGUUCGCCGGGAUCGAUGCCCCCUCGCCCGGGUCCCUGGGCCAGGGCUCCGCGGCCGAUCGCUUCCUACUUGGCGGUGGUGACUCCGGGCAGAUCUUCGUUUGGGACCUGGUGCAAUGUGUGAUUCUCUGCCGUGUGGCGGCCCACAAUGGUCCGGUCACCUCGCUGGCUGUCUCCCCUGCCGGCAUCGUGGUGUCCGGCUCGAUGGAUAACACGGUGAAGAUCUGGUCAAUCAAUGGCCUGGGCAAUCUCUCGGCCCGGACGUCGUCGACCUAG